UACAUGCGCUUUUGUCACCUGGGUCUAUGACGUUUUGGAGAAAAAAAGUUGGAAACACUUCGACGGUGCGUGAAAAAAGCGUUUUAAUACAUGUUUUUGGCUGCAAAAUACGAGCCGCAGCCGUAAUGGAGGAAGCCAAGUUGGCCAGCUUGCUUAGCAACAUACAAAAGUCGACCGAUAAAAGUGUAAUCUACCGCAAUUUGGUCACAAUUCGGACGCACUUCGUGACCAACGAAGGUGGGAUUAGGCUGCUGUCGUCACAGGAUGGUAUCAAAGUGUUAGUCGAGCUGCUCAACAAACCGUACGAAAAAGUGAUCGAAGUGGUGCUGAGCAUUUUGGGGAACUGUUGCACCAAGAAGGAAUGUUGCAAACAGGCAUUCGAAUGCGGAAUACUGAAACCGUUGAUAUCGAUUAUUUCCAACAUUCCCAAUCCAAGCAUCCAGUGCCGGGGGUGCCGGCUGUUGGGGAAUUUGGCCCAACAUGAACCGAUUAGCUACAAAAUUGCACGGGACAAUGGCACCUCCACCGGGUACGCACUCAGCACGAUUCUUAACGAAUCGGACAAUACGGCCGUGUUGAUAAUGGUAAUACGCGCGAUACGGCAACUUUGGCGUGAAAAACCGCUGCGAACUACCCUCAUGGAGCAGGGAUGUAUUGGAAAGAUUGUGUAUCUUCUAGUACGAUCUGCUCAGGUCGAUUCCGAUACAGACGCACCGGUACCAUCGAAUCGAACGGUAAAGGAAGGUAGUGGAUCGCCACCGCCUACCGCCGCCAGCCACGAGCACGAGGAAAAGGUAGUGCUGAAGCACUGGCACGCUCCGGAUCGGAUGGUAACGAAGGAAAAGUUUAACAAUAUCGUGCGCAACAUGGAACACAGCCAGCUGUGCGAUAUCGUUGGGUAUCAGGUGAUACAGAACUAUCGCUGGAAGGAUCGGCCCGAUUUUCAGCUGCCAACAUCGGACGAAACGGUUAAGUUGUUCGAGAGUGUGCUGAAGAGUUUGCAGAUGAUCACGACUACUGUUGUGCAACAGGUGAUUGAAGAGAUCUAUGGCGAGGCUGGUGCCGGACUGCAUUGUCUGGUGUAUCUUUGCGGUGAAAAGAGUCCAUUUCGAGCGCUGUCUCUAAAGGUCGUAUCGAAUUUAGCCGCCAAUCCGGACGCUAUCGAUCGGCUGACGGAGUGUGGCGUGAUAAAGAUGGCGGCGGAUUUGAUCAUGUACGCGGAACUGGAUGACUCCGAAAAGCGAUACUGCAUCAAUAUGAUGUGCCUGCUGACAAAGGAAGCCUGCAACCGGGGUCACAUCCGGCGCAGCGGUGCCCUCCAAUCCUUCAUGAAAAUCGCCAAACAAUCACACGAAAGGCGUGAACAGGCGAUGAUACUGUACGCCCUCUACCAGUACCGGUUCGACAGCUUAAGCAACGAAAUUCUACUGAGCAACGGGCUCGUUAGCUUUCUCGUGCGCAUACUGAAUGGGCUAAUCGCGGACAAGGAGGUGGCUCACAUCCAGCACGACGAGGAAGAGCGCGAGCGAGUAACGCACACGAGCGUGUUUAGCAAGCGCCGAUCGAACGCUAAAGCGUGCAAGAUGCGCCGAAGUGAUUUACUUUUCCAUUACAAAUCGGGCAAUGGGUACAGCCGGCAACAGCAGCAGCUACUGCAGCAACAGUUACAUCACAAAACGGCGAAACAAUUAAAGCUGGAUCCUUACUGCUCGGCACCAGAAUCGCCGGAGAGUGGUAGCAGUGGGUAUGCGAGCACCAGUUACGGAACGGUUCGAAGCCCUUCGAUGAGUGUCGGAUCAAGCCCACCGCGUGUACCGGAAGAUGAAGCGUUCGAGGAUGAAACGGAAGUUUAUUCGCCCGUGUGCAGCGAUCACGAACAGGAGGAUGAAACGGUCGCUGAUGGAACUAAAAGUGUGGAUGCUACUACGGUUUGCCCUUCGGACGAUGGAGUUCAAACGGAAGAACCAUCGGAACAGGAAGAAUUGGAUGGAGAAGAAGAAGAGGAAGAAACGAACGAUUUCGAUAUGGUAGCGUACCUCAUCGAGGAUAGCUCGAAUGCUAAAUGGCCCGAUACGCUAGACGAACGGGACCAUCUACAUGAGGAAGACAGUCUCGGGCUGAAACCAUCAUCCAAAGCAUACUCAACCCAUCCGGACGAUUGUAUCGAUGAGAAUGAAAUGUUCAAAAUCGAACUAGACAUUGGAACGGCGAAAACUUUCGAAAAAUACCCGAUGCAACCGACCCUAACACUCCUUUGGUCCGUUUCGAAGUCCUUUCCCGCGAUGGAGUUCAUACAGAAGGACACGCUAGAAACGUUACUAAAAAUCUGCAAACAGGCCAAAAAACCACGUGGCCGUGCAUUUCAAACGCUGGCCAACAUUCUUAACCAUGUGAACCACUUUUUGCCACUCCUCAAGCAAGACUUCGUUUUUCGUUUGCACGAGAUGAAAAGUCCAUAUCCGGCGCACGGUGCCCGUUGCUGGAGCUGUGACGAAAUGCGUACCGUUUGCAAUGAUCUGAUGUCACUGUUCGGGUCGGUAGGUGAAACCGGCUAUGGACAGGGUGAAAUUGCACACAUUCUACGUACGGGCGAGCGUGAACUGAAGCUGCGCGUAUCGAUAAUCGUGCUGUUCGUUGUGCGCAAACCGCAAUUACUGCACAAGCUACUGUUCGAGCUGAAGGUACUCGAGAUCGUGAUGGAUUUUAUACUGGCGGAAGAAACCGAUCAACAGCAAGGACACCGGUUAAAUGGUAUUGCUUGCUGUGCCAUUACACGUCUGUCGCAGAAUUUGUCCAUUUUCGGUGAAGAGGAAGAUACGGGCACACCGAGCGAAAAGUUGGAGGAGAAAGAGUUCGACAACACCGUUACAAUCUGUGACGAAUCUGCACUCAGCGGUGAUGAAAAGGUAACGUUCCGGGUGCGAAGCGGUCCCACAGCACCUCAAGAAACGGUGAUCGUGAGCAAAGCGUUACUGAUCGAAGGGAGCGAAGUGUUUCGCCGGAUGUUCGAGGGUGAUCAUUUUAUCGAGUCGAAAAACAAUGAAGUACAUCUGCACGAACCGAUCAGUGCGGAUGGGUUGCGAUACUUUUUCUACCUCGUACGGUUGCAAACACUUAACAAACUAACCGGUAUGGCACCACCGCCGAAGGUGAUUGAAGCCAGCCUGGAUGCGCUUAGCCUGGCACAGAAGUAUCUCCUACCGACGAUCGAAAAACCGGUACUGAACAUCAUCAAAACGCUGCUAAACGAUGAUUGUGUGCUGAAUGUGUUCGAAUGGUCACUUCGAAACUACAACCAGGAGCUACUCGUUGCCUCCACUUACUAUUUCCUCUACUCGGACAUUAGCGGUACGGCCAAAUGGAAGCUAUACAGGGCGGCUAAUCGAUCGUGCUAUCGGGACGAAUGGAGACGGCUGCUUACCGAAACGAUCCUGUACCGGGUGCAACCGAAUGGGGGUGAGCUUUAA